AUGGACUCUCGUCCAGGCGCCGUCUCUGCUGCCCCAACGUCCUCGUCGCUCGCUCAUCAUAAGAAUCCUCCUGACCGAGACGCCACUCCGACAGCGUCAGUCUCCGCCUCCAAUCCACCCACCGUCUCCUCCUCUUCUUCGUCGUCGUCCACUACUUCAACAUCCACUACGCCAGCAACAUCUCAUCUUCCCCCCAGCUAUCCGUCCGUACAGCAUGUUGCGACCUCUAUGAUGGAGGUGGAUAGUAAUACUGCGCCGGAUGAACGAUCCCGUCGAGCCACCAGUGUUCUCUCUAUGGACGACAUUGAAGCCGCCCAGGCUUUGGAGGGCCUCCGUUCUGAAUACGGUCAAUCGCCUCGCAACUCCUCCCAACGAACCUCCACCUCCACUAGUUCCGCCGACUCCAAACCCCAACCCGAACCGCUCCUAUCCCUUCUAACCUCCACCCACCCCCUCAUCUCCUCCGCCAUCCAGGGCUCCGUCUCCGCCUACACCAACUCCAAGUCAUACUCUCCACGCUUCAAAUCGGGGGCCGAGUUUAUCGAACGGAACAUCGGCUCCCCGGUGGCCAACACCGUCGGAACGGUUGGGCGCAAGACCGGUGUGGAAAGCGGUAUUCGUUGGGCCCUGCAGCGACGCACAUCCAAUUCCGAUGCGAAACGUUCGAAGCGCCGUAAAGUGAGUGGGGAGGCGAACCCAGCCGAUAUGGACCUCGAAAAGGGCGUGGAGUCGGAGAUGCCGCAUCGGACCCGCAGCACCUCCGACCUGUCCAUGACGGAGCCCCUACCGCCUUACGACGAGUAUAAAUCCCCCAAGUACGAAGAAAUCGGACGCGAUGGCUCGUCUCGUCAGAAUGCCGGAUGGCAGAGUCGAUUAAUGAUCUCUACCUCUGGGCUUGGCGUUGCGAUGAGUGAGGAAUCGCUCCGCAGCUUGCAAUAUUGUCUCACUUGGCUGCGAUGGGCCAAUGGACGUCUAGGAAAGGCCAUCAUCGCCCUGCAGCGGGCCCUACAGGAGUGGGACAAUGCGAAGAAGCAGAACGGCGAGGGGGCGGGCCAGGAUACCUCGUUGCUGUUCCAACGCAUCCAGGCCGUCAAGGAGGACGUCCUCUCUACCUUGAAACAGGUGGUGGACGUGGUCUCCAAGUACGCGGGCGGUGCGCUACCUGAGAACGCACGCAACCUGGUCCGUCGACAUCUGACGUCGCUACCUCACCGCUUCCAGGUGGCGUCGACUUCGAACCCGCCGCCCGAUUCCACCGCGGCGUCAUCCGAUGCUACGAUUGGUGCGCAUCGCAUCCUGGUGCUGGCGCAGGAGGGUUUGGAUAUGAUGGCGCAGGUCAGCGGCGUCGUCAAUGACACGCUCGUCAGUGCCGAACAUUGGUGCGAGCGGUUGGGGAAGAAGCGACCCGAGAAGCAGAACCCGAAUGAAGCCCAGCCCGGUGCGCCCAACGGGCCGAACGGGUCAUUCCCGGCCGACAUCAAGGAACCGAUCCGGGAGCCUUCUCAAGAUGUUGCCAUGACUGGGACCGAGAAGGUUUAG